UCCCUCCCCGGUUUCCGCGCUUUUACCCCGUUAGAACCUCAUUGGUUUAUUUGGUCACGUUGCUAAUGGCCAUUGGUUGCAUUCACUUCCUGUACGCCGGCCAGCCGGUAGAAGAAACGCGGGCCAUUCAACUUCAUAACAGUUUGUUGCUGCAUUCAGGGAGUACCUCGGCAAACUUGUUGUCAUUUUAUUUUAAUUGGUCGUUUUGAAAUCCAUCCAUUCAUCCAAUAUCUUAACCGCUUAUCCUGAAAUACCUUAUUUAAUUCAUAUUAAUAUGGACUGUCUGGAUGUGCCUAGGAUUCUUCCAAAUUCUCCACAGAGGAGUGCCAGAGGACAAAUUCAGGUUAUCUUUGGACCGAUGUUUUCAGGUAAAAGCACUGAAUUGAUGCGCAGAGUCCGCCGUUUUCAAAUCGCCCAAUACAGCUGCUUGGUAAUAAAAUAUGCCAAAGACACACGUUAUUCCGAGAAGGGCAUGGCCACACACGACAAAAGCACAAUGGAGGCAGUGCCAGCCAAUCUACUGAGAGACAUCUAUCCUCUGGCUUUGCAAGCCCGUGUAAUUGGAAUAGAUGAAGGACAGUUUUUCUCUGACACUGUGGAGUUUUGUGAAGAGAUGGCCAAUUUGGGGAAGACAAUCAUUGUAGCAGCACUGGAUGGAACCUUCCAGAGAAAGCCAUUUGGAAACAUUCUGAGCCUAGUCCCUCUGGCUGAGAGUGUGGUGAAGCUCAACGCUGUUUGUAUGCAGUGUUACAAAGAAGCUGCAUACACCAAGAGAUUGGGAGCUGAGAAGGAGGUGGAGGUGAUUGGUGGAGCCGACAUGUAUCAGGCAGUUUGUAGAAAGUGUUAUGGAGGUCUGAUGGUGGACAAAGAGAACAAUGUUCCCUCGAGGAAUGAAACGCCACAGCAAGCACUGACGGUGAAACAACUGGACUUGGGCAUUUCAAGGAGACUCUUCACCAAGCUCCACCUUUGAACUUGCAAAAGGUGUCCCAGUGGGAGGCCUGACUUGAGAGGUGCUGAGAAAUUGGUUUAUAAUGGUUCCAAUUGCUUAGGUCACUGUCGAGGUUAACUGACAAAUAAUAUCUACCUCUUCUGUCUGUUUUUCCCCAACUGAUCACUCCCCUUACUGGUGUGAUCAGAAAAAUUCUCUUAGACUUAUUACACCAAUGCCCAUUUAUUUUGGGUACAAAUGCAGUGAAUCUGGUAAAGAAUUAGGCUGGUAUUGUGCAUAAUUGACUUGAUUUGUCAGCUUGAAUAUUAGUUUCUAAGGGCGGUUGUGUGUUUACUGCUAUUUAUAUCAAUACAUUAUCAUCAAAGCACUCAAAUGUAUCAACCAAGAAUCUUAACUACUCAUUACCAUACUACUACUACUAAUGAGUAGUAUUACCAUACUACUCAUUAGUACCAUAGAUUUUACUACAAUAUUCUUGACAGCCACAUAAUGUUUCAAAUGGUUGAUGUAAUUUAUUUUGUCAAAUGUUUAAUUUUUUUGGAUCAAUGAGACGAAAUUAUUUUGAAAUUUUUUAUACCUUCCUGCCUCAGCAGAUAGCCAGGGGGAGGGGUUGUCUUCUUAAAGGAUUAAUGUUUAAACUUGGCAAAAAGCAAAAUUUAUGGUUACAAGUUUCUUGGAGACCUAAGUAAAAUGCUUAAAAUCUGAUCGCUUCCGAGGGUUAUCAUCAAGCUUCAGCUUGGGAAUUGAAAUGAGCCAUUAAUAUGGAACUCCAGUGGUUGCUAUAUUUAUUAUUACACAUGGAUGAAUUUUUAAAGACACUAUUCAAUACUUUAUGUCAUAACUUUGGAUCUGCCUCCGGUGCUUUUUUUUUUCAAUAAAACUAUAUCCAACUAAUAAAUUACCUCAUUUAUUGCAUUAAAU